AUGGACAAGUUGGCAGAUCUAUAUGUCCGAGAAGUGGUCAGACUACAUGGAGUGCCUGCUAGUAUUGUGUUGGACAGAGACCCAAGGUUCACAUCAAGAUUUUGGCAAGCACUGCAUAAUGCCUUGGGUAUUGGGAGAGCUCUCAAGUCGAGGAAGCUGACUCCUAGAUUCAUGGGGCCAUACCAAAUUACGAGGAGGAUUGGACCAGCAGCUUAUGAGAUUGCCUUGCCACCUCACCUGGCAAAUCUGCACAACGUCUUCCAUGUAUCACAACUGAGGAAGUAUGUGGCAGACCCUACUCAUGUGCUAGAACAAGACGAUGUUCAGGUGUGCGAGAAUCUAACUAUAGGGGUUGGACUGGUGAGAAUUCUGGAUUCUCAAGUCAAACAGCUCAGAGGGAAGGAGAUUCAGAUUGUGAAGGUCCUCUAG